AUGGGAAAAAUUAUCCUGAUUAGCGGUUUCAUUUUCAAUUCUUUGUUGAAGGGAAAUGUUUAUGGAGAAUGUCGAAAUCCUUCUCGACGAGGCAACCGGGCAUUCAAUGCACGAAGACCUUUGUACAGGGCAUACCAAGCUGCUAAUGAUGCUUCCAAGGGACUAAAAGUAGAGAUCCCUCCAUUCAAUACUAUUCAUGACCCAAAUACGACAAUGUCCCAGACAUCAGAUGAUCUUCGACAGUUGGUACAGAACUCUGUCUCUACGGCUAUCUCUUCUGCUUUCUCCACCAUGGGCUUGUCUGGGGACAACCUGGAUAAUAUCAGACACUUGAAAGAGCUUCUCAGUCAAUCAUUCAAAAUGAAAGAUUUGGGUCCUUUAACUUAUUUUCUUGGGCUGGAGAUUCAUUAUUCCCCUAAUGGAUACAUAGUUAACCAGAAGAAGUACACUAAAGAUUUGAUCAAACUGGAUAACUUAUCUGAUGAAAAAAGAGUAGAUACACCAAUGGAGGUGAAUGUAAAAUAUAGAAAGGAUGAUGGCGACAAAUUUUCAGAUCCUACUCUAUAUAGACAACUGGUUGGGAGUCUACUUUAUCUCACUAUGACUCGUUCAUAUAUUUCUCAUGCUGUUCAGGCCGUUAGCCAAUUUGUUGCUGAUUCUCGUCGCAUCCACCUCUCUGUUGUCCAUCGUAUUAUUCGUUAUCUAUGGGGUACAUAUCAUAGAGGUCUUUUAUUCUCUUCUAACUCUUUUCUCCAGUUACGAGCCUAUGCCGAUACGGAUUGGGUAGGAUGCCCCGAUACUAGACGUUCAACUACUAGGCGGUGUGUUUUUCUUGGAGAUUCUCUUAUCUCAUGGAAAUGUAAGAAACAACAAACUAUGUCUAAAUCUUUUGCAGAAGCCAAAUAUCGAGCAAAUGUCCUUAGCUUGCAGUGA